AUUAGCCAAUAAUGAUAAUGAUGAUAAUAUUGAUAAUGAUAAUAAUAUUGAUAAUAUUGAUAAUAUUGAUAAUGAUAACAAUAUAAUUAAAAUAGAAAGUUAUCAAGAAUAUAUUAAUAUAUUAAGAAAAUAUCGUAAUAGUCAUCAUUUAAUAACAUUGGUAUCAUUUUCUGAAGAACAAGAAAGAAUGCAUCAAUGUUUACAUUGUAAAUUAUAUAGAGAUUUAUUAAAGAAAUAUGUAAAUUCAUUCACUAAUGAAAUGAAAGGAAUUUUAAUAGAAUUUACACCACAAUCACAAGAAUUAGUUAUUCAAAAAUUAAAAUUAACACAUUUACCAAGUGUUACAAUACAAUCUAAAUAUACUGAUCAAUUAUAUGAUUGUAAUUUAAAAGAAAAUCAAUUAUGGGAAUGUGUUAAAGAUGCUUUUAAACAAUCUGAUCAUGAUUUAUAUGAAAAUUUAAAAGAUUUUAUUAAUAUGGAUGAUAUUAAAGAUUUAUAUUUAAAAUAUAAAAAUGAAUAUUCAUCAUCAUCAUCUAAUAAUCAACAACAACAUAAUCAACAACAAAAUAAUCAUUCUAAUGAAUCACCAUUAUUUGAUUUUUCAUCAUUAAAAUCAAUUACUAAAAUUGUAUUAAUUGCAUUUUGUAUUGUUGGAUUUGUAAUUGGUAUUAGUACUUUACAAAAUUUAUUAAAUGGUACUAGAUAUAUGAUAUUUAUAUUAUGUAUAUUAACAUAUAUAUUAUGUAUGAGUGGUACUGUAUUUAAUAUGAUACAAAAUCCACCUCCAUAUCAAUAUAAUCCAAGAGAAAAUUCAAUUUCAUUCUUUUAUCCUUCAAUGAGAAUGUCUUUUGCUUUAGAAGGUUAUAUUGCUACUUUUGUUAUUGUCAUUUCAUCUUUUUAUUUUAUUGCAAUUCCAUAUUAUGGUUAUUAUGAUAAUAAUAAUAAUACUAAUAAUAAUACUGAUAAUAUUACUACUAUUACUAGUAAUACUAAUAAUACUAAAAAUACUAAUAAGAAGAAUAAAAAUAAGAAUGGAAAGAAAAAGAAUGAAGAAGAAGUAGAAGAAGAAGAAGUAGUUGAAGAAGAAUUAAAUGAAGAAAAGAAGAAGGAAGAUUCUCAUUAUAAAUCAGUUUUAAAAAGAUUAUUCUUUAUUUGGGGAUUUUUCAUUACAUUUACUGCUGCCAUGAUAUUUUUCAUGAUCAAGACUAGUUUUUAUUUAUCUGAUACUCCUUAUCAUGGAUGGGUUCAACUUUUACUUGCUAUUUUUAAUCAUUAAUUUAUUAUAAAAUUAUUAUAUAAUUUAUUAUUUAAUAAAAUAUUCUUUU